AUGGCGGCUGAACCAUCCGCAGCCUCAUUAUCAACAUCCCAGCCUAAGAAAAGGCUCCACAAGAUCCCGCAAUUUGAUAGUCAAGAAGAAGUCAGGACAUGGCAACUUGGGCAAAUGGCGGGAGCCUUUCGCAUUUUUGCGAAAUUGGGCUUUGCUGAUGGUGGAAGCGGGCACAUCAGCUUGAGGGAUCCAGUCCAGCCAAAUACCUUCUGGUUGAACCCUUAUGGCGUCCAUUUUGGUCUCUUGAAGGUUUCUGACAUGGUCCAUGUCAACGAAGAGGGUGAACGGAUCGGCGGCGCGGAUAAGCCUGUCAAUACAGCUGGAUUUAUCAUCCAUGCUGCCAUUCACAAACGCCGACCCGAUAUCAACGCCGCAUGUCACCUUCACAGCCCUUAUGGGCGUGCCUGGUCUACCUUUGGCCGUCCGAUCGAAAUGCUGAAUCAGGACAGUUGCAUGUUCUACAACGAUCUUGCUGUAUAUGCAAACUUUGGCGGUGUCGUCUUUGCCAAAGAAGAAGGCAACCGCUUGGCUGAUACUAUGGGCCCAACCAAGAAAAACAUCAUCCUACAAAACCAUGGGAUCCUGACAGCAGGCGGUACCGUUGCGGAAGCAGCGGCUUUUUUCAUCGCCUUGGAAAGAGCAUGUCAUACACAGCUACUGGUUGAAGCCGCCGUGGCGUCUGGGCUUCAAAAGACAUUUGUAGGCGAUGAAGAGGCACAGUAUACAAAAGAUGGAACGGGUAGCCCAGAGGUCAUGUAUAUGCAAUUCAAGCCAGAAUACGACCUUAUAGUGGUAGAGACAAAGGGGGACUUUUUGAAUUAG